UAUACACUGUACAACAACCUCCUCGAGUACAAUCACAAUAUCCUUUUUGAUCCGGCACCAGAGGACGCUGGUGUCUUCAAAACGCCGGCCUAUGAGUUGGGCCUGGUGCCCUUCUCUUGUAUAUAUUCAUUUCUUCAUUGCCGUGUCUUGGCGUUUGGGUCACUACUUCUAUCCGCGCCAUUCUCGCUUCUGUCUUCACUCCUCUUUCACUUCACCGCGACACCAUUUCUUUCUUUCUUUUUUUUGCCAACAACUCUACAAUCUGCCACUAUGGGCCGCCGUCCUGACGCCCUGAUCGCGCAGUACUUUGCGCGCGGGGCCAAGAUCGGGGACGCCUCGAACAGGUACGAGUACACUUGUUCGAGGUGUGGCGCCCACUUCCCCAAAGGCCGCCGCGAGACCCUGAACGCCCACUUGACCAAGAAGUGCCCGUCCGUGUCCGAGGCAGAGAGGAUAGAGAUUGGAUGGCGCCUCCUCGACCUCCCCGCGCCCAAUGAAGACAAUAUACGGCAAAAGGGCGCCACGGUCAACCCUGGCUCUGGCACUUCUAGCAUGGUGGCAUCAUCAUCUUCAACAACAAUAGCGCAGGAUGUACAAAGACAACAACAACAGCAACAACAGCAACAAAACUUCAAUGGUUUGAAUGUGUUGGCUGAGGCAUCGCGGCAAGUCGGCGGCAACAAUUCUUCGGGCUACACCCCUGCCGAUCAGGCUCAGACUGCAAUUGUACAUGCAAAUGAAGACGCAGAUACUACAACAGCUGUCUAUCAUUCUUCUCCGAGACAGAGUCAGAGUCAUCAACAGCCUGAAGCUCAGCAGCAUGGUCUACCACUUGAUCCACAGCUUUCAGAAGAUGCGUUCACGCAACAGCUCCUCCUGCAUGCGGAUGGAAUGAGUGGUGUUGCGAGAAACAAUGAUUUUUCCACCCUAGCAACAUCUCCUCUCCCUCCUACUACUACUGCAGCCAGCAGCACUACGGCAAGCUUCCCGGGAUUGUAUUCCUUUACAAGCUUGAACAACCAUGAUCAGCUCCAUGCUGUCACGACCCAGGGGCAAGAGUUUACUACCUCUUCCCUGACAAGCACUCACCCAUCACCAGACCUUAGCAGUAUUGCCGCCAGCGCAAACGCGACACUUGCAGGACAUAUGACAGAGGAGAAUGGCAACGGCAACGACAUUAGCAUGACAGAUCAUGACGUCUCUGAAGCACUACUAGAAGAGCUGCGGGAACAGACACAAGCUCUGCCUCAAACAUCAACAUCAUUGACCUGGGCUCCAACAACAUUGUUAGGACCACAUGCCAUGGACGUGGAGCAUUCUUCUUCUGACCAAACACAUACAGACAUACAACCAGACCAACAACAGAAUCCUACUAAUGGUAUUGAAGCACAAGUUUCUACCACCACGACUGUCCCCGGUACCCGUCUGCUUCUCCCAGCCGGACCAAUUCCUACAAACUCAAACUCAAACUCAAACUCAAACUCAACCCUCGGCGCAUCACGACCAACAAGUACAACAACUCAUUUCGUCGCAGAAACAGGGACGUUGGCCAAAGUCCAGAAGCCCAAAGUGCGAGGCCGGUUCGACGAUACACGGCGUAAAAAGGUCCGCGAACUGCGCAAGCUGGGUGCCUGUCUACGCUGCCGCAUGCUGAAGAAGACUUGUUCGCCAGGCACGCCAUGUCAGACCUGUGCUGCGGUCGAGACCCCCCGGGUCUGGAAACAUUGUUGUGUCCGUACGAAGCUGGUCGACGCCUUUCCACUCUACUUCAACCUUAUCUAUGGCGGUGUUCUCCACAAACGACUCGAACAUUUGAAGCAAAGGUCAGAGACACUGUACGACAGCAACGCGCACCUUGUGGCCUGGUACAUACCAGAACAAAAGAUUCGAUUGAGAGUUCAAAAGCGGAAACUCAAACAGGCCGACAACGAGACCAACGGUAACGGUCCAGCUGGUGCUGCUGCCUUGCAAUCAUCGUUGCUUGUUGCCAAUCCAGAGUAUCAACAAGACAACAGCAACAACAUCAUUUUCCACAUUCAUACAGAGGAUGUCAACGUAUUCGAUGUCGACCAGCUGCUCCGGCCCCUGCGUGAACAUAUCAUCGCCCAGGAAAAGUCUGAUGUGAUCAAAUCGACUGUGGCUGUCGCCCAGGCCCUGCAGACUGGAGCUAUCAGCAUGAACGGCAACAACAAUGACACUACUACAGCCUCGCCUCCAUCAAUUUUUUCGGUGGAAAAGAACGACAAUCUUCUAGACCGUGUCAUUGAACUCUGGACUGCAACAGCCUUGCUCACCAACCCAGAAGUCCGUCCGAAUUUUAUGUUGGAACAAGACAAUACCGACCCCAACCAUAACAAUAACAAUCACAAUCACACUCCAGCAGCAGCAAAUGGCGCUCAGUCCAGUGACAGUGGCAGUGGCACAGACGAUGGCGGGAUUAUGGUUGAAGGUGAUGCAUAUGCACACAGUCGCGCAUUGAUGACUCUACAGCUGCAGGCAGCCGUUGAGAAGCGAGCAGACAAACUGGCCCGCGUGGUCAUGAAUCACUUGGAACAACGUCUGCUGGAGCGCAAUCGGAACCGCAACCAGAGUGUGGAGAUUGUGCUUGUCGCCUUCAUCCUGCUCAACUGUGCAGAACGAAUGUGUUGGCUGUAUCGAGUCUGGGCUUCCGAACAAGACGCACAAGCAAAGUCGGGACAAUUGGCGCCAACGGCACCUACCACUACGACCAUUUCUACCUCUAUACCUGGCCCCUGGCCUCUCUACAAGCCAGCCGGCGAUUUUGCAGACAAAGGAGAAUACUUUGCCGGCAUCAUCCAUCUGUUGCUCAACCUUCGACAGUUCGAGCCAUCCGUCACCGUGGACCCGACCUCGGGAUUUUUGGCCCCCAAAGAUCCGAAUGACACCGCUCUUGCCGCUUGGUUGAACAAUAGUUUCAUUACAAGGGACUGGGUCCUGGAGGCCACAAAAAAGGGGACAGCAGUGGCUGAUCCGGAACAUUGCACAUCUUUGGAUGGCACUUUGUGCGCUCGUCUGCUGUAGGGUUAGUGUGUGUGUGUGGUCAUUCAGAUUCCAGAAAGUGCGCCGCGAUUGAUGAACAAAAAGAUACGAGCUAUAAUUGCAUCACGAUCAGGGAUGCAGGGUAACGACGAAUAAUAUUAUGACGAAAGACGACGACAGCAACGAGCAUUGGACGAUAGAAAUGGAAGACAGCACUUCUCAGGAGUCAGGAGUCCAAGAGGGGACAGAUCAGGUCAGCUUCAGCGUGUUUCCGAGCGGUGCGAGGGGAUUUGAUAAAAAGGACAGCUGAGGAACGUUGGCGCACAAUGAACUGGGUGAUAGUGAAUGGAAUUCCCACGGUGGCGGACUGACGCUUGCGAUCAUGAAUCCUUUACUCAACCCAUCAUAGGGUUGUUCCCCUUGCGCGAAUGCUCGGGGCCAUAGCCAUUGAAUUAAUGUUUACUCUUGAAAUGAGUCAGAAAAGGGGUGUGAAGAGGACGUCGUGGCAGUCGUGGCCGUCGUACAAGAUUGCGAUCGCCUCGAUCGUGUCACACUGCAGCCACAAUUAGAUCCCCGACAUACCGCCUACCGGUGCCUGGUAACAUAGCGCCUGGUACCUGGGUAACAACAUGCACGAUGUACCGUAGCGGUGCAGAAUGCAAGAAAGUCCAGGGGUACAAUCCUCCUCGUCGAUCGCCCACUUUUGAUACCUAGGUCGUUACUAUUGCGCAGUCGGGGAGCCUGAUGGGUACCACGGAUAAGGACAUAACUGCGUGAGAGACAUUCAAGGCUGAUAUGGGAUUCCUUGCUUGACCAAGACUUAUGAUACCAGCCAUGAGGUGCAGAGGCACGAACAGGUGUUCAUGUUAGAGAACGUGACAUGCGACAUGAGUAUAAGUGGCCGAGGAUGUACCGUAAUGCAUACUCAAUCCACC